AUGGAGAGCGACGAAGCAGCAGCAGGAGCAUCUCCACCAGCCACGACUCCGAGCGGAGGAGGAGGAACCGGAACUUCGUUGCCGAAGAAGAGAGGUCGGAAACCUAAAACCAAAGAAGAUUCUCAGACUCCGUCGUCUCAGCAACAGCAACCGAGCGGUGGCAAAAUGAAGGAAAGUGGGAAGAAAACUCAGCAGCCCAGUGUCGAUGAGAAGUACUCUCAGUGGAAAGGUCUCGUUCCCAUUCUCUACGACUGGCUCGCGAACCAUAACCUCGUCUGGCCUUCACUCUCUUGCAGAUGGGGUCCUCAGCUUGAACAAGCGACCUACAAGAAUCGCCAGCGUCUGUACCUCUCAGAACAAACUGAUGGCAGUGUGCCCAAUACCUUGGUCAUAGCGAAUUGCGAAGUUGUUAAGCCAAGGGUUGCUGCAGCAGAGCACAUAUCACAGUUUAAUGAAGAAGCACGUUCUCCCUUUGUGAAGAAGUACAAGACCAUCAUUCACCCUGGAGAGGUCAACAGAAUUAGGGAACUCCCACAAAACAGUAAGAUUGUUGCUACUCACACCGACAGUCCUGAUGUUCUCAUUUGGGAUGUUGAAACCCAACCAAACCGUCAUGCUGUGCUUGGAGCUGCAAGUUCCCGCCCAGAUUUGAUACUAACUGGACACCAAGAUAAUGCUGAGUUUGCUCUUGCAAUGUGCCCAACCGAACCCUUUGUUCUCUCUGGAGGCAAGGACAAGUCAGUUGUUCUGUGGAGUAUCCAAGACCACAUCACCACGGUUGGUACAGAUUCCAAAACAUCUGGAUCUAUCAUCAAACAGACUGGUGAAGGUGGUGAUAAGACUGAGAGUCCUACGGUCGGCCCGCGAGGUGUAUAUCAUGGCCAUGACGAUACGGUUGAAGAUGUGGCAUUCAGCCCAACUAGUGCACAAGAAUUCUGUAGUGUUGGUGACGAUUCUUGCCUUAUACUAUGGGAUGCAAGAACUGGCACUAGCCCUGUCACGAAGGUUGAAAAGGCGCACGAUGCUGAUCUUCAUUGUGUCGAUUGGAAUCCUCAUGACGACAAUCUGAUCCUGACAGGGUCAGCAGACAACACUGUCCGGUUGUAUGAUCGUAGGAACCUUACCUCAAAUGGAAUUGGUACGCCUAUUUACAAAUUUGAGGGCCACAAAGCUGCUGUUCUUUGUGUUCAGUGGUCUCCUGAUAAGUCAUCUGUUUUUGGGAGUUCCGCAGAAGAUGGUCUUUUGAACAUCUGGGAUUAUGAAAGGGUCAGUAAGAAGUCUGAUCGCGCAGCUAAAAGUCCCGCUGGGCUCUUCUUCCAGCACGCUGGUCACAGGGACAAAGUUGUUGAUUUCCACUGGAAUGCGUCGGACCCUUGGACUAUUGUCAGUGUGUCUGAUGACUGUGAGACUACUGGUGGAGGUGGAACAUUGCAGAUAUGGCGGAUGAGUGACUUGAUUUACAGACCAGAAGAGGAAGUCCUGACAGAAUUGGAGAAGUUCAAGUCGCAUGUUAUGACAUGUGCCGCCAAGCCUUGA